UUGCAGCUGCCCCUACACUAAGCUGCACAGCUCAGAGCAGUCCAGGGGCCCAGUAGCUCCAGCCAGAGAGGGACCAGUCAUUUGUCCUAGCCCUGUGAUAAACGCUUCUCUUCUCAUGAGAGGAUGGAGACAGGGGAACAUAGCCCCUUGCUUCCCCAGAAUGCUAAAGGGCAGGAGCCUCCCUGCUCCAUGUAUAGUCCAGUUACAUCAGGCCACCGAGGUCCAGUGCCCCAGGGAAACAAGUUGGAUGCCUGGAGCUGCUGCUGUUGUGCUCCUGUGGCCAAGCACCAGGCCUGGAGUGGCGGCCCAGCUGCCUCCCUCUCCCUGGGGAGCAGCUGCAUCAAAUGUCUGACCUUCUUCUCCAACUUCCUCUUCUCCCUGCUGGGUCUACUGGCCCUGGCAGUAGGACUUUGGGGCCUUGCUGUCAAGGGCUCUCUGGGAAGUGGUUUGGGGAAACCCCUUCCCCCAAACCCCUUGCUGGGACUGGUGCUUGGUGGGCUGGUGGUCAGUAUUGUGAGUCUGGCUGGCUGCCUGGGAGCCUUAUGUGAAAGCAGAAGCCUCCUGCGCUGCUUCUGUGGGGCCAUUAUUGGCCUCUUGGUGCUUGAGGCACUGGCAGGGGCCCUGGUGGUGGCCCUCUGGGGUCCUCUACAGGAUAGCCUUGAGCACACCUUGCAUGUGGCCAUCACCCACUACCACGACGACCCAGACCUGCGCUUCCUCCUUGACCAAGUCCAGCUGGGACUGCGCUGCUGUGGUGCGGUGUCCUACCAAGACUGGCAACAGAACCUGUACUUCAACUGCAGCUCUCCAGGGAUCCAGGCCUGCAGCCUUCCUGCCUCUUGCUGCAUCAACCCUCAGGAAGGUGGAGCCUCAGUGAAUACCCAGUGUGGCUUUAGGGUACUACGCCUGGACCAGGCUGCGGCUGAGCAAGUUGUACACCUGGAGGGCUGCAGCCCCAGGCUGCAGCAGUGGCUGCUCGGGAACAUUCAGGCCAUGGGUGGCUGUGUCAUCGCCAUCGUGCUGGUACAGGGGGCUGAGCUCCUGUUGGCAGCCCAGCUGCUGGGGGCCCUCGCUGCCCAAAAGGCAGCCGAGGACCUGGGGCCAGGCCCUCCCUGAGUGUGGAGGAUCUAUGUUGCCUUCCCCACUGGUCAGGACCAAAGAGGAAGAGGCAAAGAUACAGGGGGCUCUCGGCUUCCCCUGGCUGGCCUAGCGUGGGGGUGGGGGAAUAGUCCGGGUCUCCUCCCUCUCCAUCCUAUAUCCUUCCCCUUCCGACUUGUUCCCAUGCCCACAAUCAACCUUGCAUCACCACCUAAUGUUGCUCUGGCUUUCUUUUUUUUUGUCUUUUUCAUUUUUACUGGUACCUGGGAUCAAACUCACGACUGCCUGCUUGCAAGGCGGGCACUUAUGCCGCUGAGCUAAAUCCCCAGCCCCCACUCUGGCUUUCUUGAGGACCCACACAGGUUUCCUCCAUGCUCCUUGCAAAGGGUACCUAUCUGGUGUGAAGAGCUCAAGUUGGGAAUGCCUGCUUCUGACCCACGACCUGACUUGCCUCUGGCCAGCUCCCAGCCCCUCACUUCCUCAUUGGUAGGGGCCCCUUGCCUCUCAGAGGCCACCUCCCCCUUUCCCAUCUGUGGUGGAGUUAAGGGCAAAGCCAAGUCUCUCCUUCCAGGAGGGCAUUUUGGGAGGAAGGCACAGUGGCCACAGAAGAGUGCCACUCCUGUGGGUAAACGGCCAAUCUCAAGGAGCCAAGAGAGGAACCCCAACCAGCUCAAGAUAGGGAAGCCCCCAGCUACCAGGGCUCUCUGCCCCAGGGGUCAGCUCAGCUCUGACUUCAUCUCCAGGUCAAUGUGGCCCAUCUAUGAUUGUCCUGUAAGCAGAAUCACAGAGGGUCCAUCUGAGAAUCACCAGCUGGUCAUUCCUGUGGGAAGACAUAGCCACCUUGGUGAGGAGCAUUCAGACGCCUGGGUGUAUGGGAGACACCAAUGACUCCCUUUGAAUCCAGAACAAUUGCUGUGACUUUGAUUACUUGGAGACUCAUUUCCUUAUAUGGAUAUGUAAAAGGCUGGCUUGGGUAUUUCCUUCUCUCUUCAACUGGCUCUGAGCAUUGCAAAUAAAGCUAGCCGAGGUGCUAAUGUGCAAAGUC